GAGUCACGUGAUCUUUACAUUCGUCCUUCGCCGGGUCGCCAUCAUGCAGGCAGUAAGGCAGGCAUGUUCUGGGUUCGCUAGGGCUGCAAAAUGCGCCCUUGUUUCUCCAAUUCCUUACCAAAAUGCUACGAAUUUCGUACCAGCAUUGUACUCAUCUCAUCGUAAUUAUGCCAAAGAAGCAGCUAAACCGAAAACUGCAAAUGCGACUGGUAGAGUUGUUGCAGUCAUUGGUGCUGUUGUAGAUGUCCAGUUUGAUGACCAACUUCCAUCAAUUCUUAAUGCCCUGGAAGUUCAAAACAGGUCACCAAGACUUAUACUUGAAGUAGCCUCACAUUUAGGAGAAAAUGUUGUUAGAACAAUUGCUAUGGAUGGUACAGAAGGUCUUGUCAGAGGAGAGCCAUGUAUAGAUAUUGGGUCACCUAUUAGGAUCCCUGUUGGGCCCAAAACUCUUGGCAGAAUAAUUAAUGUAAUUGGAGAACCAAUUGAUGAAAGGGGACCGAUCAACUCUGAGCAUUAUGCUGCUAUUCACCAAGAAGCACCAGAAUUUUCAGAAAUGAGUGUGCAGCAAGAAAUUCUGGAGACUGGUAUCAAAGUUGUCGAUCUUUUGGCACCUUAUGCCAGAGGUGGUAAAAUUGGUCUGUUUGGGGGUGCUGGUGUAGGCAAGACUGUACUCAUUAUGGAACUGAUCAAUAAUGUUGCUAAAGCUCAUGGUGGCUACUCAGUUUUUGCUGGUGUAGGUGAAAGAACACGUGAAGGAAAUGAUCUUUACCAUGAAAUGAUUACAACUAAAGUAAUCAGUCUUACUGACAACACAUCAAAGGUGUCUCUGGUAUAUGGACAAAUGAAUGAACCACCAGGUGCCCGUGCACGUGUUGCCUUGAGCGGAUUAACUGUUGCUGAAUUUUUCCGUGACCAGGAGGGCCAGGAUGUAUUGCUUUUCAUUGACAACAUUUUCAGAUUUACACAGGCUGGUUCUGAAGUAUCCGCUUUGUUGGGUCGUAUUCCAUCUGCUGUAGGCUAUCAGCCUACAUUGGCUACUGACAUGGGUAGUAUGCAGGAAAGAAUUACCACUACCAAGAAAGGAUCUAUUACAUCUGUGCAAGCUAUCUUCGUACCUGCUGAUGACUUGACUGACCCUGCACCUGCCACUACAUUUGCCCAUCUUGACGCAACAACUGUGCUUUCUCGUGGUAUUGCUGAGCUUGGUAUCUAUCCAGCUGUAGAUCCCUUAGAUUCAAAUUCACGUAUCCUAGACCCCAAUGUUGUAGGUGAUGAACAUUACAAUACAGCCAGAGCAGUACAAAAGAUUCUUCAGGAUUACAAGUCUCUUCAAGAUAUCAUUGCCAUUUUGGGUAUGGAUGAGUUGUCUGAAGAAGACAAAUUAACUGUUGCUCGUGCACGUAAGAUGAUGAAGUUCCUCUCUCAGCCUUUCCAAGUAGCUGAGGUUUUUACAGGCUCUGAGGGAAAGUAUGUGCCUUUGAAGGACACCAUCAAGGGCUUUAAACAGAUAAUCAGUGGUGAACUGGAUCAUUUGCCUGAGGUGGCAUUUUAUAUGGUUGGUAACAUAGAAGAGGUGGUUGAAAAAGCUGCCAGAUUGGCCAAGGAACAGUCAUGAGCAACUAGCACCUAGUUUCUAUUUUUUAUGUAAUAACGUGUGAAUGUUAAUCUUGGUUGAAUGGGCAGAUUUGCCUUGAAAUUUAAUAUUGUGAUAUAGCAAGAAUUAAAGUUGAAGGUCCAAGUUAUAGCUGGUUAAUUAGCUGCCAGUGAAUUUAGUGUUAAGAUCUCUGGCUAGCUUUGUAAUUUGAAGCUAUAUUUUCUAAAUUGUGAAGUCUGAAAUGCAAGUUCAUUAGAUAAGUUAAAUAUUUUAUUAAAAAUGUUGAUACCAUUA